AUGCUCGCUCGCACUGCCCUCCGCUCGGCCACCCGCGCCGUCCCCGCCACUCGCGCCUACGCGACCCCGGCCAACAAGGGCACGGGCAACUUUGUCCCGAACACCAACCCGGACGGCACCACCAACGUGACCCUCAUCCCCGGUGACGGUAUCGGCCCCGAGAUUGCCGAGUCGGUCAAGGAGAUCUUCACGACGGCAAAGGUCCCCAUCAAGUGGGAGGAGGUCUCGGUCGCGCCCAUCCUCGUCGACGGCGUGUCGACCAUUCCGGCCGACGCCAUCUCGAGCAUCAAGAAGAACACGAUCGCCCUCAAGGGUCCCCUCGCCACCCCGAUCGGCAAGGGCCACGUCUCGCUCAACCUGACGCUCCGCCGCACCUUCAACCUGUACGCCAACGUGCGCCCGUGCCGCUCGGUCGAGGGCUACAAGACGGCCUACGACAACGUCGACACGGUCAUCAUCCGCGAGAACACCGAGGGCGAGUACUCGGGCAUCGAGCACGAGGUCGUCGACGGCGUCGUCCAGUCGAUCAAGCUCAUCACGCACGAGGCGUCCAACCGCGUCGCCCGCUACGCUUUUGAGUACGCCCGCGCCAACAACCGCCUCCACGUCACGGCCGUCCACAAGGCGCCCAUCAUGAAGAUGUCGGACGGCAUGUUCCUCCGCGCGUGCCGCGAGCUCGCGCCCGAGUACCCGGACGUCAAGUACGACGAGGACCUCCUCGACCGCGUCUGCCUCCGCAUCGUCCAGAACCCGGGCCCGUACGCCGAGCGCGUCAUGGUCAUGCCCAACCUGUACGGCGACAUCCUUUCCGACAUGUGCGCCGGCCUCAUCGGCGGCCUCGGCUUGACGCCCUCGGGCAACAUCGGCAAGGACGCGUCCAUCUUCGAGGCCGUUCACGGCUCGGCACCCGACAUUGCUGGCAAGGGGCUCGCAAACCCGACUGCGUUGCUGCUGUCGUCGUGCAUGAUGCUGAGGCACAUGGGCCAGUUUGACGCCGCCGCGAAGAUCGAGUCGGCCGCGCUCAAGACGAUUGCGGAGGGCAAGUUCAUCACGGGCGACCUGCGCGGCAACGCGACGACCCAGCAGUACACGCACGAGAUCCUCAAGAAGCUCGGCGCCUAGACGGCCGGGUGCGGCGAGGGGCGGCUCUCUCUCUCUCUCGAGGUGUGCUAGACUGGCUUGGAAUCGAAACGAGGGUCCUUUGUCUGUC